AUGAUUACUAAGCAAAGCCUGAGUGGCAAUAUUUCUUUAGGAAAUGUUUCUUCCCUCGUUAACGGGUGUGACAGCAGCAGCGGAGAUUCUUCCCAUGAAGAGAUCAGCAGAGACGAUCAAGGCAGCAAUGAUCGCCGAACGAACGAUUGUACCCUUCAUCGUGGUUCUAGUCACACAAAAUCUAUACCACCCGGUUUGCUAGCCUCUGACGAUAGCUGUAAUGCGGUAGACAAAAAACUGGGCAGUGACGACGAGCAGCAAAGGCGGCGUGCGAAUUUGUUCAGGGAUUCCGAUCUCUCGUUCAAUGGCAAAAUAAGCCCAUUGAUAGAGGGCACAGGACGAGUAACAAACUGUGCUCUAGAAGUAUCAACUAUUUCUAGUAGUUAUGGCUUCGUACAGAUAAAGCCGAAAGCUUCAGGUUCUUAUGAGUGUGAUGAAGCUGCUCAAGAGAAAACACUGAACGAAACGUGUGAACUGUUAACAAAAGAGAACAAAUCGUUGACUCAUUACGAGAAUGAACAGUCGCCAGAUAUGUUUGCGGAAGAUGACGAUACGGUGGACGACAAAAAGAAGAAUGACGAAAGCCUUUCACGCGCGUACCAACGUACCAGUGGAAUGUCCUCGAAGGAGUUAGAGUGUGUAGAUGAGAGUAAAGUGGAUCGUAUAGAGCGUACUUUGUUGAAACGGUUACAGAUGUCGCUUGCCGGUAUUCCACCGCCUCCAGCGUUAACGUACUCAGCUAUCGACGUCGGGAGUAUGCUUGCAAUUUAUCACAGUAAUGCUGAGCGGUGGUUAGCAGCACAUAGCUUGAGUAAGUCGGACAGUGCCCGGGAAGCAACGGACAACACAAACGAGACUGACGGUAGUGCUACUGCCGGGAUGGAUGAUAAAAAAGCGCAGGAGUGCCUUAGCAAGCCAACUCAAACAUUGGCCGAUUUGGCGAACAUCGCAUGGCCCGAGUUAACGAAGCACCGUGCUCAUGGACUGCACUAUAACCGAUCGUUGGCAACGGAAAUGUUUGAAUUGUUAAGCUUGAAAUACAUCGAACGCUAUCUAAGCGCGGAAACGAGCUCUUCCUUUAAUAUGACUAUUUUGCAGUCAAGUGCAAAAAAACGGAAUCAACGACUGAAAUUAUUGAGCCAAUCGCCCGGUAGGCGACUAAGCCAUCUGGCAAAACGCAGGGCAAUAUUUUCGUCCGAGAGUUUACUUAGUAAUAGCGACAGCAAAUGUGCAACAAGCAGCAGUGGAAGGGGCAUUAUUAACGCAAAUUCACUUAGGAAGUUAAACCCGCACAGAGUAUGCAAUACCAGACAAGUGUUUCUAGAUCCCAAAAAAUCGGACAACCGUAGGAAAAAUAAAAUUAAAACUCCUAAACGUAGGACUCCAGGCGGAAAAAAGUCACCCCAUCGACGGACCCCUGGAUCAUCCAGCAAAAGCUUGACACUGAGGCACGUUGUUACUAGUUCUAAACCAGGUACCCAACCGGUCCACGUCCCGGCUACUCGUGAAACAUCAAAACGGGCCCUUUUCCUCAGCCCUCAGAAUGGUGGUGUGACGGCCUCUGCACGCGCUUACGGCAGCAACAGCAAACAAACAGAUCGUUCUAUAUUCUCAGAGGCACGGGUAUUGAAAUCAAAACGGUCGCUGUUUUCGCCAACACAUGAGUCACAGUCUAGCAUUCAACCAUGUUCAGGCGCAUCAACAUUUGCAGGAACGGCUGCUUCGUCGUCCUUGAAAACGAUGUCAGUUAGCAACGCGGUAUCGUCGAAUAAGCGAGGACGCUCCCCUGCGGUCGAUAACGAUAAUGACGAGCGGACGGAGAAAAUCCCACGCAUGGAAUCCUCCGGACUGAGUGAAGAGGAUCUGACCCCACGGUCGCUAAAGUUUGCCCGCAGCAAAAGUUUCUGCGUUGGUUUGCAAAGUGCUGGUGGGCAGCAAACGGGGCCGUCGGAGUGUGCAACAGGUUUAGGAGGGAAGUUGCUAUUUCGUUCUAAUUCGGAGGUAUCUGCCGAAGAUGGCCAUCGUCCCGUAAUGAUGCUGACGGAGAAUCAUAAGAAGAAGCUACUGUGGGCGGUUUCACAUGCGCUGAAUAGCAAACAAAUCACCACAAAACACGAACAGUUUAAAGAAUACGCGUCCAAUCUGGUACGCGUAGUGAAGAGACUGUUUCUCGAGUUUAACGAUCUAACCACCAAUCGGACCAGCGAUAAAUUGCUCAACUUAGCAAACAAACACGUGUACGAAGUGAUACAAGGUAAAAGCGUGGACGAUAUUUACUUCCGCGAGAAAAUACGCAUCAUGCAUACACGAAAUAUGCCGAAACUGCAGGGUUACAUCGCACCUGAGGAAUACGAAAGGCGAAAGCUAAAACGCACCGGGUCGAUCGUAAGCAUCAGCUCCGAUGUUUCAUCUCCGUUUGAUUUCUCGCUAAGCGCUAGUCAAAGCCUGCUCAGUCAGAGUUCCGUACUCUCGCAGGGAAGCUCGCUAGGGGGUUUGUCACAGUUAUCCCAAACGAGCAGCAGCUUCGUGCGGGGAGGACAGAUUAAGACUGCGGCUUCCACUGGAAGUAUGAAUACGGUUGGACUUGUGCGUGGUGUUGGAACUAGCUUAAGUACCACGGUGUUACGCGAAAAUGUUGACAGUGAGCUGCGACAACGGUCCACUAAGAAGCUACUGAGCUUUUCGGGAAAGGACCAGAAAAACGUUAGUCCCUUCAGAAUGGAGAAAAAUAGCCUUUUAGGAGGUAGCGCGAAUGCCAACAAACUGCUGGUCGGUGGUGCGCUUAAUUCUAGUAUCAUGAAAGCUAAGCGACAGAUUUCAUUCGAGUAGCGAAAACCCGUUCAGGAGAACUAUUGGCGAAGCGUUGCGUGUAAGAAAUUCUUUAUUCCUGUAGUCUGCUUUUCCAGUGGUUAUCUAUUUCGUGACAAGAUAAA